CUGGAUUCCCGGCUUCCCUUCCGCACACUGGGGUCCUGGCGGACACAACUGGGUUCUGAGGCACCUUCCAAGACCUCUCAGGGUGUGAGCGAGAUCCUCAGGGCAGCAAUGGCGCCUGGACAGAGAGGCUGGGGCUCGCACUACAGAGGAUUUGUGCUGCUCUCCAUUCUCCUGGGGAUGCGGUGGGAAGCCUGGGCAGGACAGAUUCUCUACUCCGUGUCUGAAGAGACAGACAAGGGAUCUUUUGUGGGAAAUAUCACCAAGGAUCUGGGACUGCAGCCUCGGGAGCUGGCGGAGCGCGGGGUCCGCAUCAUCACCAAAGGUAAGACCCAGCUUUUCUCUCUGAACCCGCGGAGCGGCAGCCUGGUCACCGCGGGCAGGAUAGAUCGGGAGGAGCUGUGCGCUCAGAGCCCGCGAUGUCUCGUGAGCUUUAACAUCUUGAUAGAAGACAAGAUGAAUCUUUACCCUAUAGAGGUGGAAAUAAUGGAUGUUAAUGACAACGCUCCCAGAUUCUUAACAGAAGAAAUAAACAUAAAAAUUAUGGAGAAUGCAGCUCCUGGGGUGCGGUUUCCACUAAAGGAAGCUACAGAUUCAGACGUGGGCAAGAACUCCCUCCAGAGAUACCAGCUCAGCCCCAAUCACCAUUUCUCCCUGGUUGUGCAAAGUGGAGAUGAUGGCACCAAGUACCCAGAACUGGUGCUGGAGAAGGCUCUUGAUCGGGAAGAAGAGGGGCUUCACCAUCUGGUCCUCACAGCCUAUGAUGGCGGGGACCCGCUCCGAUCUGGCACUGCCAGCAUCCGCGUGACAGUGGUGGAUGUGAAUGAUCACACGCCAGUCUUCUCUCUACCCCUGUAUCAAGCGACAGUCCCUGAGAACGUGCCAGUAGGCACAAGACUUCUCACUGUAAAUGCUAUCGACUUGGAUGAGGGAAUCUAUGGGGAAGUGACUUAUUCUUUCUGGAAAAUAACUCCAGAACUUCUACAAAUAUUCCAUCUGAGCUCCCUGACAGGAGAGCUGUCGACUUUAAAAGGUCUAGAUUAUGAGCAAUCCAGCUUCUAUGAGCUGGAAGUUCAAGCUCAAGAUGGUGCUGGCAGUCUGACCAAGGCAAAAGUACUGAUCACAGUUUUGGAUGUGAAUGACAAUGCCCCAGAAGUGACUGUCACAUCUGUGAGCAGCCCAGUCCCUGAAGACACGCCACCUGGGACAGUGAUCGCUCUCUUCUACCUCCAAGACAAAGAUUCGGGGAAGAAUGGUGAGGUGACCUGCUCUUUGCCAGAAAACCUGCCUUUUAAGUUAGAGCGAUCAAUUGAUAAUUAUUACAGGUUGGUCACAGCACGAAACCUGGACCGGGAAAAGAUGUCUGUGUACAACAUCACACUGAAGGCCACAGAUGGUGGAAUCCCUCCCCUGUCCACUGAAACUCGCAUGUCCAUUCAUGUGUCAGACACCAACGACAACCCACCCACCUUUUCCGACUCUUCUUACUCUAUCUACGUCCCGGAGAACAAUCCCAGAGGAGCCUCCAUCUUCUCGGUGACUGCACAAGACCCGGACAGUGACAAGAAUGCCCAAGUCACUUACGCUUUAGCAGAAGACACCAUCCAGGGGGUACCGGUGUCGUCCUACGUCUCCAUCAACUCUGACACGGGUAUCCUAUAUGCACUUGGAUCCUUCGACUAUGAGCAAUUUCGGGAUCUACAACUUCGAGUGACUGCUCGUGACAGUGGGGACCCACCUCUCAGCAGUAAUGUGUCACUGAAACUCUUUGUGCUGGACAAGAAUGAUAACGCCCCUGAGAUCCUGUACCCUGCCCUGCCCACUGAUGGCUCCACAGGGGUGGAGCUGGCUCCCCGCUCUGCAGAACCUGGAUACCUAGUGACCAAGGUGGUAGCUGUGGACAAAGACUCAGGCCCAAAUGCUUGGCUGUCCUACCGCCUGCUUAAAGCCAGUGAGCCAGGGCUUUUCUCAGUAGGGCUACACACUGGUGAGGUGCGCACAGCAAGAGCCCUGCUGGACAGAGAUGCGCUGAAACAGAACCUUGUGGUGGUUGUACAGGACCAUGGCCAACCCCCACUCUCAGCCACUGUGACACUCACUGUGGCUGUGGCCAACAGCAUUCCUGAUGUCCUAGCAGACCUAGGCAGCAUUAGGACCCCCAGUGAACCUGAUGAUUCAGAUAUCACCCUCUACCUGGUGGUGGCAGUGGCCACUGUUUCCUGUGUUUUCCUUGUCUUUGUCACUGUGUUAUUGGCUCUCAGGCUGUGGCGUUGGCACAAAUCACACAUGCUACAGGCUUCUUCAGGUGGUGGCCUGGAAGAUGUGCCUGCCUCACACUUUGUAGGUUUGGACGGUGUCCAGGCUUUCCUACAAACAUAUUCCCAUGAGGUUUCACUCACUGCAGACUCUCGAAAAAGCCACAUUAUCUUCCCUCAGCCCAAUUACGUGGAUACACUUAUCAGCCAAGAUAGCUGUGAGAAAAGUGAUUCUUUGUUAACAUCCAUAGAUUUUCAAGAAUGUAAGGGUGAAGCCCCAAGUUCCCAGCAAGCCCCGCCCAACACUGACUGGCGUUUCUCUCAAGCCCAGAGACCCGGCACGAGCGGAUCCCAAAAUGGUGAUGAAACUGGCACCUGGCCCAACAACCAGUUUGAUACAGAGAUGCUGCAAGCCAUGAUCUUGGCCUCUGCCAGCGAAGCUGCUGAUGGGAGCUCUACCCUGGGAGGGGGCGCUGGCACCAUGGGUCUGAGCGCUCGAUACGGACCCCAGUUUACCCUGCAGCACGUGCCUGACUACCGCCAGAACGUGUACAUCCCUGGCAGCAAUGCCACGCUGACCAAUGCCGCUGGCAAACGAGAUGGCAAGGCUCCAGCAGGUGGUAAUGGCAACAAGAAGAAAUCGGGCAAGAAAGAGAAGAAGUAAUAUGGAGGCCAGGCCUUGAACCACAAGGCAGCCUCCCUCCCCAGCCAGUCCAGCUCGUCCUUACUUGUACCCAGGCCUCAGAAUUUCAGGGCUCACCCCAGGAUACUGGUAGGAGCCAGGGCCAUGCUCCCCGUUGGGAAACAGAAACACGUGCCCAAGCCAACACCCCCUCUCUAUACCCUAGGGAGUUGAAUAUGCAAAGAGAGUUCUGCUGGGACCCCCCUAUUCAAUCAGUGAUUGUACCCACAUGGGUAGCAGGGUUUGUGUGUGUGGACAUACACACACACACACACACACACACACACAAACCAUGCCACACUCCCUUAGUUACAGCUGAACUCCUCCAUCUUCCAACCCAGGCAGGCUUAUCCAUCUCCUGCCGCCCUCUCCCCACCCCACCCACUCCUUCAGUCCCUCUCUUUGAGCAAGGUAGCUGGGCUGUUGGGGUGACCGGUGAGCUAAGCCGGCUCCUAGUUCUGAACGGUAGGGAGAGUAUUACAAUCUUUUGGCCUCUCCUUCAGUUCAGCUUUCCCCCAAAGCAUGGUUUGGUACCAGUCUUCUCUUUUCCUUCCAGAGCCUGAGACCAAUGCUUAAGUUUUGGGGGAACAGGCACCCUCCCUCUGGUACUGAUGAUGCUUGCUGGAUUUUGGGAAGGCAUUUUGCUACUAAGCCUCUUUUCAAUGCCUGGGGACAACUAGUCUUUUGUUUUUCAUUGUUUGAUGUUCCCACUGCAUGCUGUGACUUCCCUACACCUCAAAGAAGAGACUCCUUUGCAUGUCUGGAGACAGUAGGGGGUGGUAAACUAAAGGGAAGUUGAGAGUGUAUACUGCUGGGAGUGGGGCAGUGGACAAAACAGCCUGUUAAUAGGGUCUUGCAAGGGGCUCUGUAUGUACCCAGGGGACUGGCUCAAUCCUCACAUUCUAGCCAUAGACAAACACCAGGCCAGACCCCUCCAUUCUGGUUCAGCCUGGGCAGCUUGGGCUGAGCCACCAGGACCAAUGGAUUUAAGCUGACAUUUCAGUCCAAGACGACGACUUCUAAGUGAGUUUAAGACCAGAGAGGAAAGAGGGGCCUCUGUGGGUGCUGGGUACUCCAGAGGUGCCCUUGGUGGGAGGACCAGUGGUCUUAGCAGGAAGGGGGGCCCAGCAAGGUCAUUCUUGGACCCUGGGUCUAGUCCAGUAGCUAGAAAAAGGGACCAAGUGGCCAUAAAGUCCCAGCCAAUGAUGGGGCUUUUCCAGUGGGCCCCUGUAGACCUCAAGCCCCUGGCCUCCACCUUACCAGGUGCCAUUUCUUCUCAGAAGGCCACUGCCCAGGCCCCCAGGCCGCCCCCUUGUGGCCAGAGAACGGUUAAAGCCCCCCAGUGCCUCCUUGUGCAUAGAACUUCCUCUGCCCUAGCCCUUACAGUAGUGUAGAAGAUCCCCCUCCCCCGCUGGUGUAGAAUAGCCAAUAGUAUAGUGUGGUGUGCUUUUACGUGAUGGCGAGUGGGCAGCGGGCGGUGGGCUGUACACAGCCGUCUGUCCUUUGAAUCUCAAUCUGCCUGCGCGGCCCGUGCUGUGUUUUGUGCUGUGUCCACACGCUGCGGCGACCCCUCCCUGUACUGACUUCUCUAUAAAAAGCUUCUCUUCGCAUAGUCACGUAGCUCCUGCCCAUCCCCCUUCCGAUAUCUCUCGCAAGUUUUAUACUCUAAUAUUUAUAUGGCUUUUUUCUUCGAAAAUUAAAAAUAAAAAAAUGGUUUCUUCUGAAA